AUGGUGACGCAACUCCCUGAAGGAACGGAAGUUCCGCGCCAGGAAGUCACUGUUUCUGGUAAAGACGACCACCCCAACGAACAAAAUCAGUGGGACUCGGGCUCCAACAUCAGGAAGGAAGAGUAUCUAUCAUUGCGAGUGUUAUGGUCAUACAAAGAGAGACUCGACCCCAACUCCCGAACGAUACUGGGCUUGGAUACGCCCUUCAAAAUGGCGACUCAAUGGCUACAACGGUUCCCUCCUUUUAGUGCAUACCCUUCAUUACAUUCUCCCGAGCGUCCUCAAAGUUUAGAAAGUUCGUUUGCGCAGACUAUUGCGGAUCUUGGAAACUUGAAGUCGACAUGGUUGUAUCCGUGGGGGCUUAUGACUUUAGAAAAUAUUCUUAUGCCGCCUAUCGAUGAUUAG